AGCACAUGUCAAUCAGACAAAAGCAGAAACAUUCCUGCGGACACAGCUUUUUAAAGACAGGACAUCGAAUAUAAACUAUGUCUGGAGACUGAGAAAACCACGUUGAAAGAAAUUAAUUAAACUGCGGUAAUAUUAACUAGAUAUGAAUGAAUGGAUUCUGCCACUAUAAUCAAUCCACACUUAUAGCCAAACUGAACAGUUACACCAGUGUCACUUCAGGAGACAGAGAAGCAUUAAAAAUGGCCAUCUUUAAAAAUGGACCAGUGGCUGUUGGGAUUGAUUGUGCACAUAAAUCCUUUCAGUUUUACAGCAGUGGUGUUUAUUAUGAGCCAGAGUGCGGAAAUGACCUGGAAGAUUUGAAUCAUGCUGUGCUUGCAGUUGGUUUUGGAACACUUGCUGGUCAGCCAUACUGGCUCAUUAAAAACUCCUGGUCAGCAUACUGGGGAAAUGAUGGAUACAUACUGAUGUCCAUGAAAGACAACAACUGUGGAGUUGCAACAGAUGCAAUUUAUGUCACCCUGGAGUGACUGCACAGAAAGAUAUGUGAACAUUUGACUCGUGUUAUUUCCUCAAAUACAUUAUCAUUUAGUCAGAAUUUAUUUUUACACAGAUAAUUUCAACAGUCCUUGUCAGCAUGAAGUGUAAUAAUCAAAUACAAAUGCAAUAAUGAUCAAUAAAGUUUAAUCUUUAAUUUCUUUCCUUAACUGCGAACUCUUGAAAACUAUUGUGUAUAUGGCUGCAGAGUGCUUCUUUUUCAUUAUUGAUGGAAGAGAAACAUAUUGGCACAUAAAGGAAACAGUGUGAUUAUGCAGAUGCAGCAUUUCUUAUGCUUCAUGCUGGAAAACACUUAUCCCAAUAAAUCAUUGUAGAAUGCUUCUUCUGGGACGACGUCCUUUUGUUCAUCAAUAAAUGGAUGUAUGUAAAAUGAA